AAUUGUUCAGUCGUUCACCCACCUCUGAAUGCUCCAGCUCUAAGUUAUAUCUGAAUGAAAAAUAAGACGCUCGUGCGGUCGUGCCCCUUUGCCAACUCUCGCCGUCUGCUUUCCUUCUUCCUACGCCAAACACACCAGCGACAACCACCUCCAGCACCGCCCUACGCCACCGCCGCCCUUCUCCCACCUUGACCCUCCGUCAGCGACACCCAUCUAUCGGUUUUCAUGAAAAUGGCAAAAUCAAAGCAGAAGCAACCUCCAAACGACUUUGAGGAAUGCGUACAAGACGGUUGGGUGAUUGUCAAAAAGCAAAAGGUUACAAUUUUGAUCCCUCCAUUACCCUUUUUUACCCAACAAUCCCCGAUGCCUAUUCCAGGUGGCAGUCCAUUACAGCCAAUAGCCAUCCAAGAAGUUGAUGAUCAUAUUGCACCUUCACAGCCAGAUCCACCCAUUCCAUUGCCAUUGCCAUUAGUCACCACAAAACCCAUCACAACAUUUUCCAACCCACGAAAGUUGAUGAACCAUAGGGGUAAAUUAGUAAAUUCACAUUACAAGACCCCGAAACCAAGAAAAUAUUGUGGGAAUUUGGUGAAUGGGCACAUGUUGGUGAAUACGAAGAUGAGGGCUUUGAAUCUUGAGAGAAAGCUUAAGAGAGCAGGUGGGCUCAACAGUUGGCUUGUGUCUUUGGGACUCGGUCAAUUUGUCAAGAUUUUUAGGUGCAAACGUGUUGGCAAGAUGCAAUUGGUCAAUCUCACCAUGAAGAAGCUCAAAGAUAUGGGUGCAGUUGCAGUUGGGCCUAGAAGAAAAUUGAUGCAUGCUAUUGAUUGCCUUUGGUAAACUUUAAUUUGCAAAAUCAAGAACAAGGGUACAAUAAGAACACAUAUCAUUACUUGUAGUAUAGUUUUGUAUGUAACUAACUAUGUAUGAUUAGUUUAUUACUAAUCUUGACUUGAUGUGAUGUUUUAAGUAAAUUAAUAUUUUAUGGAA